GUUGAGAGGUGAAGGGGCGGGGAGCUGCGCGGGCGCCGGGUGGCCGGGAGGGAGAGGGCGGGCUCCAGACACCGGACCUCCGGCCAGGAGCGAGCAGGCGGCUCUCCGCCGCUCCGUCGCCGCCGCCCGGGAGCUGCCUCGCCGCCACAGGUCCUUGCAGAUGAUGUCUAUUGUAAGUGGUAUCCAGCAUCUUCCCGGCUGAUCCAUGCUCACUUUCCGGGAUGGCAACAAGGUGACUUAGCUGAGGAUGACCCUGACUGAAAGGCUUCGUGAGAAGAUAUCUCAGGCCUUCUACAACCAUGGGCUGCUCUGUGCAUCCUACCCCAUUCCCAUCAUCCUCUUCACAGGACUCUGCAUCUUAGCCUGCUGCUACCCGCUGCUGAAGCUCCCCUUGCCUGGAACGGGACCCGUGGAAUUCUCCACGCCUGUGAAGGGUUACUCGCCCCCGCCUUCGGACUCUGACCACAAACAAGGAGAGCCCAGUGAGCAACCAGAGUGGUAUGUGGGUGCCCCCGUGGCAUACAUCCAGCAGAUAUUUGUGAAGUCAUCAGUGACUCCCUGGCACAGAAAUCUUCUGGCGGUAGAUGUGUUCCGGUCACCUCUGUCCAGAGCUUUCCAACUGGUGGAAGAGAUCCGGAACCACGUGCUGAGAGACAGCUCAGGGACCAAGAGCCUGGAAGAGGUUUGCCUGCAGGUGACAGACCUGCUGCCAGGCCUCAGGAAGCUCCGGAGCCUACUUCCUGAACAUGGCUGCCUGCUGCUGUCCCCUGGGAACUUCUGGCAGAAUGACUGGGAAAAAUUUCAUGCUGACCCUGACAUCAUUGGGACCAUCCACCAGCAUGAGCCCAAAACUCUACAGACAUCAGCCACACUUAAAGACUUGCUGUUUGGUGUUCCUGGGAAGUACAGUGGGGUGAGCCUCUACACGAGGAAGACGAUGGUCUCAUACACCAUCACCCUGGUCUUCCAGCGCUACCAUGCCAAGUUUCUGAGCAGCCUGCGUGCCCGGCUCAUGCUUCUGCAUCCCAGCCCCAACUGCAGCCUCCGAGCAGAGAACCUGGUCCAUGUGCACUUCAAAGAGGAGAUUGGCAUUGCUGAGCUCAUCCCCCUCGUGACCACCUACAUCAUCCUGUUUGCCUACAUCUACUUCUCCACACGCAAGAUCGACAUGGUCAAGUCCAAGUGGGGCCUCGCCCUGGCAGCCGUGGUCACAGUACUUAGCUCCCUGCUCAUGUCUGUGGGCCUCUGCACUCUCUUCGGCCUGACACCCACACUCAAUGGCGGCGAGAUUUUCCCCUACCUGGUGGUGGUCAUUGGGCUAGAGAACGUGCUGGUGCUCACCAAGUCGGUGGUCUCCACUCCAGUGGACCUUGAGGUGAAGCUUCGGAUCGCACAAGGCUUAAGUAGUGAGAGCUGGUCCAUCAUGAAGAACAUGGCGACUGAACUGGGCAUCAUCCUUAUUGGCUACUUCACCCUUGUGCCCGCCAUCCAAGAGUUCUGCCUCUUUGCUGUUGUGGGCCUGGUGUCUGACUUCUUCCUCCAGAUGCUGUUCUUCACCACUGUCCUGUCAAUCGACAUUCGCCGGAUGGAGCUAGCCGACCUGAACAAGCGGCUGCCCCCAGAAUCCUGCCUGCCCUCAGCCAAGCCUGUCGGGAGGCCAGCACGAUAUGAGAGACAGCUAGCUGUACGGCCAUCCACACCACACACCAUUACAUUGCAACCAUCUUCCUUCCGAAACCUGCGGCUUCCCAAAAGGCUGCGUGUCAUCUACUUCCUGGCCCGUACUCGCCUGGCACAGCGCCUCAUCAUGGCUGGUACCGUUGUCUGGAUUGGCAUCCUGGUAUACACAGACCCGGCAGGGCUACGCACCUACCUUGCUGCCCAGGUGACAGAGCAAAGCCCACUGGGUGAGGGUUCCCUGGGCCCCAUGCCUGUGCCUAGUGGAGUACUGCCUGCCAGCCACCCGGACCCUGCAUUCUCCAUCUUCCCACCUGAUGCUCCUAAACUGCCAGAGAACCAGACAUUGCCAGGUGAGCUGCCUGAGCAUGCCGUUCCAGCAGAGGGUAUCCAUGACAGCCGAGCCCCAGAGGUAACUUGGGGGCCUGAGGAUGAGGAGCUGUGGAGGAAAUUGUCCUUCCGCCACUGGCCCACACUCUUCAACUACUACAACAUCACACUGGCCAAAAGGUACAUCAGCCUGCUGCCCGUCAUCCCUGUCACACUACACCUGAAUCCACGGGAGGCUCUGGAGGGGCGACACCCUCAGGAUGGUCGCAGUGCCUGGGCCCCACCAGAGCCUUUGCCUGCUGGCCUCUGGGAGGCCGGACCUAAGGGGCCAGGCGGAACACAGAGCCAUGGUGACAUUACCUUGUACAAGGUGGCCGCACUUGGCCUGGCAGCGGGCAUCGUCCUAGUGCUGCUGCUGCUCUGCCUCUACCGGGUGCUCUGCCCGCGGAACUAUGGGCAGCCGGGUGGUGGCCCCGGCAGACGGAGGCGCGGGGAGCUGCCUUGCGAUGACUACGGCUACGCACCGCCUGAGACAGAGAUAGUGCCGCUGGUGCUGCGAGGUCACCUCAUGGACAUCGAGUGUCUGGCUAGCGAUGGGAUGCUACUAGUGAGCUGCUGCCUGGCGGGCCAAGUCUGCGUGUGGGAUGCACAGACCGGGGACUGCCUCACACGGAUCCCGCGCCCUGGGCCACGCCGGGAUAGCUGCGGAGGUGGAGCUUUUGAAGCUCAGGAGAACUGGGAAAGGCUGUCAGACGGAGGCAAAGCUAGCCCGGAAGAGCCUGGAGACAGCCCUCCGCUGCGACGCCGCCCCCGAGGGCCUCCACCGCCUUCCCUCUUUGGGGACCAGCCAGACCUCACUUGCUUAAUCGACACCAACUUCUCGGUGCAGCUGCCCCCGGAGUCCACUCAGCCCGAGCCUCGGCACCGGGUGGGCUGCGGCCGCUCUAGAGACUGUGGUUAUGACUUCAGCCGUCUAGUGCAGCGUGUGUACCAGGAGGAAGGCCUGGCUGCUGUGCACAUGCCGGCCCUGCGCCCACCCUCCCCUGGACCUCCCUUGCCCCAGGCCUCUCAAGAAGAGGGGCCUGCUCCCGAGAAGGGCUCCCCUCCUCUGGCCUGGACCCCCAGCACAGCCGGUUCCAUCUGGAGCUUAGAGUUGCAAGGCAAUCUCAUCGUGGUUGGGCGGAGCAGCGGCCGGCUGGAGGUGUGGGAUGCCAUUGAGGGGGUGCUCUGCUGCAGCAAUGAGGAGAUCUCCUCAGGCAUCACAUCCCUUGUCUUCUUGGACAGGAGGAUUGUAGCUGCUCGGCUUAACGGUUCCCUUGAUUUCUUUUCCUUGGAGACCCACACUUCCCUCAGCCCCCUGCAGUUCAGAGGGACCCCAGGGAGAGGCAGUUCUCCUUCCUCGUCUGUGUACAGCAGCAGCAACUCAGUGGCCUGUCAUCGGACCCACACAGUGCCCUGUGCACACCAGAAACCCAUCACAGCCCUGAGAGCUGCUGCCGGGCGCCUGGUGACAGGAAGCCAAGACCAUACUCUAAGAGUCUUCCGACUGGAGGAUUCCUUUUGCCUCUUUACCCGGCAGGGCCACUCGGGGGCAAUCACAACUGUGUACAUUGAUCAGACCAUGGUGCUGGCCAGUGGAGGACAAGAUGGAGCCAUCUGCCUGUGGGAUGUACUAACAGGCAGCCGGGUCAGCCAAACAUUUGCUCACCGUGGAGAUGUUACCUCCCUCACCUGUACCACUUCCUGUGUCAUCAGUAGUGGCCUGGAUGACUUCAUCAAUAUCUGGGACCGCAGCACAGGCAUCAAGCUGUACUCCAUUCAGCAGGAUCUGGGCUGUGGUGCAAGCUUGGGUGUCAUCUCAGAUAACCUUCUGGUGACCGGCGGCCAGGGCUGUGUCUCCUUUUGGGACCUAAACUAUGGGGACCUGUUACAGACAGUCUACUUGGGCAAGAACAGUGAAGCCCAGCCUGCCCGGCAGAUUUUGGUGCUGGACAAUGCUGCCAUUGUCUGCAACUUUGGCAGUGAGCUCAGCCUAGUGUAUGUGCCCUCUGUGCUGGAGAAACUGGACUGAAGGCAGGUCAACUACACUACUCCCUUCCCCCAUCCCAAGGUGGGGCACAGGGGACAGCAACUCUUUGGACCUAGACUGGAGGCGAUAGCUAGGCCUUUGCAGCUGACUCUGAACUGUUGUCUCCUGACUGUAAUAAUAAACUUUUUUUAAAAAACCACA